AUGUCCAUCACGACACUCCCAGUCGAACUUGUGACUAGGGUCUGCAGUUACCUCGAGCGACCGGAAUGGGCUGCGCUCAGGUUGACAUGCACUUGGCUAUAUUUCUCAUCCUUAGACGCCUUCACAGAUCGAUAUUUUAGAAGCAUCCGCUUCAUCGCCACAAGUGACAGUCUUCGUGAACUAGAAGACUUAGCUUCAAACAAGACCAUUCAAGCAAGUGUUCGAAAGUUAUGGAUGGUACCGACCGUCUUUGAAGGUCGUCACAACAUCGAACCUCCUGCAUUUGAGACGUCUCACUAUGCAAUGUCGUCAAAAUAUGACCGACAGCUAGAGGGUAAAGAGCUAGAAGCUCGCUACGCCAUAUAUCAAGCUACAGUGGCAGAUAAUCGUGCGCUUCUUGGGUCAGAAGACUUCAGCACCAGACUUCAGAGAUGCUUCGCUCGCUUUAGCAACCUGGAAUCUAUUGGAUUGCAACAUUAUACAACAUCAUUUCUACUGGACCCACGGCAGAAUGAAGUUCGAUGUCUAGGUUUGCGCCGGCUCAGGGGUCAAAUGGACUUGGAGUUCCGUCCUUUGCACUUAUAUUCCCUGGAAUCCAAACUCAAUGCCAAACCCACCUCUCUGGCCAUGUAUAGACUCGUCCAAGCACUCGCGGGUGCUAAUAACCCAUUCAAACCCAGAGAGCUACAUACGUGUAGUACGGAUUUUUGUGGCGGGAUACCUCUAAAUCUUUCCCUAGCCCAGGUGGAAUACAAUACCCUUCUCCUGAACCUAAGCAGCCUCGAGUAUCUACAUAUGUGCAUUUCUGGUGGCAGAUCGAGAUCAGAUAAUAAAACAUACGCCAGAGCCAACACUGUCGAUCUCCUGAUCAAAAUUGCCCCUAGGCUGAAAACACUCGUAUUUUCACAAUGGAGAAAGUCGAAAUACCGAUGGGACACGGUGCACCACCACUUCUUGGAAAUUGCUCAAAGCAUCAAUUUUACGCAGCUGAAAAAACUCCAUCUUCAUUGGGUCGAAAUCGAAUACAAGUCCUUGAAAUCGUUUUUAAACACAGCGAAGGCAACCUUAGGUACCCUCACGCUUGAAUUUGUUACGAUGAGCCACGAUAGUCAUCCUGUGACAGAUCAAACGUCUGUCGGAAACAUCCAGUCUCCUCUGGAUAGGAUGAGUGUUUCUUGGCAACAUGUUUGGGACCUUCUUGGAAACGAGCUCUCGCUCCAAACAUUUGAAGUGAAAAAUCUUGAUUAUAAGGGCGCGAGAGUCUUUUGGAUAAGACAUGGCGAUGGAAGCCAAAAGGUCGAGUCCGCUCGCUUCGAUGCCGAAGUAGCCGAGAUCUCGUUCCGCGAAUGGAUGAGUCACUUGACGGUAGUAGUAACGGGCGAAUAUCGUGAUAAUGUGGCAGUAAGAAAUCAAGGUGAGUCACCAACUUAA